AUGAGUGACAAUGAUGGGGAAGUCAAGGGAAAUGCUAAUGAGGACGGAGAACAGAGCAGAACGCUGGGGGGGAUGUCCAAGUAUCACGCAGGUCAACAUCACGAUAUGAAAAACUUAAUGGAAAGGAAUGAAAAGAAAAUAAAAAGUGAAAAUAAAUACAUAGACUACCUCAAAACGAGGUUUAAAAGGAACGGCAGCGAGGAAUUUGCCAAGUAUGCGAGCGCACUGGAUGAAAACGGAAGGGAAAGCAGCGAGUGUAAAGAGGCUCAUUUUGGUAGAAAAAUCUUCCCCUACUCGAAAGAAAAUAAAGGAGGUUCCGGCAAAGAGACGGAGGAAUAUGCAAAGAAUGAAGACUUCAAGGUACGCAUUAAAUGCUUUAAUAAAUAUUUAAAACACUAUGUUCAUAAAAUAAGUAGCGGAGAAACAGUACAGUACUCACUACAGACACAUGAAUUGUUAAAGAUAGUGCACCAAAUAAAAGGAGAAAACACUCCGAUAAAUUCUAGCGGUCUAGCCCAAUACAGAGAUAUAAGACAACUACUCUCAACCAAUAGCAACACCAGAUUUGAUAUAUCCCCAAAGAGGAAUUGCGUCCUUAUCAAUUUGCCCUAUAGAAAGUGCAUCAUAUUUAAAGACUUCCUACUGUAUAUUCCGACAUUCACAAACAGUCCAAUUCCUGAAGUUGCAGAGAAGGAAGAAAGGAUGUGCAAAUAUUUUAUUGAAAAUGCAAAAGUCAUUUCGUUAAUUAAAGAUUCUUUACCCUUCGAGAUACUCAUUUUAGAAGCCAUCUUUGUUGAUAUAUGUGAAGAGCUAAAAAACGAAAUAGAACCCGUCAUAUGUGAAGCAGAAAAGCUAUUUGAAAUUAUAAGUAACAAUUUAAGCAUAUACAAAUGUAUAAACAAAUUGACCGAAAUGAGGAGAAAGCUAAAAAUUAUUGAUGAGAAGGUACAGAGUGUAUAUAAAGCCAUACAUGCAGUGUUAAAUAAUGACGAAGAUGUUCGAAGAUUAGAAGUUUCCUAUUUUGGAGAUAAACCAGAAUUAUGGGAAAAAUGUGAUCCUACUCCUAAUAAUGAGGACACGGAAAUGUUGCUAGAAUAUUACUCCCACGAAAUUGAUGAGUUUUUAAAAAUCAUUCAUAGAACUGAUGAAUCGUUAGAUGACGUCCUCCAAAUGGUAGAGCUCAAUUUAGACGACGCAAGAAAUAAUGUGCUAAAAUUAGAGCUAGGGUUGAAGAUAUACGGCAUCAUCAUAACCGUUGUUGGUACCGUUGCAGCCAUUUUUGGGAUGAACUUGAAAAACGGCUUUGAAAGCGACCAGUACGUGUUCUGGACCCUCGCCUUCUCGCUCAUGCUCAUAACGGUGUUUUGCUUGUUUUACGUCAUCGUGUCUUUUAAGCGG